AUGGCUUUUACUAGCGUCGCCGCUGCCAAAGAGCACGUUUUGGCCGUUUCGAGGGACUUUGUGUCCCAACCGAGGUUGACUUACAAGACUGUCCGAGGUGUCAACGGUCCUCUUGUUAUUCUCGAUGAGGUUAAAUUCCCAAAGUUCGCUGAAAUUGUCCAGUUGAGGCUUGCCGACGGGUCAAUCAGGUCGGGGCAGGUUUUGGAAGUUUCUGGCUCUAAAGCUGUCGUGCAGGUGUUCGAAGGCACUUCUGGUAUCGACGCGAAACACACUCUGUGUGAGUUUACCGGAGACAUCCUCCGUACGCCUGUGUCAGAGGACAUGUUAGGCCGUGUCUUCAACGGAAGCGGAAAACCGAUUGACAAGGGACCUCCAAUUCUGGCUGAAGACUAUCUCGACAUCCAAGGUCAACCCAUAAACCCUUGGUCACGUAUCUAUCCUGAGGAAAUGAUCCAAACUGGUCUCUCAGCCAUUGAUGUAAUGAAUUCAAUUGCCAGAGGACAAAAGAUUCCGAUUUUCUCUGCUGCUGGUCUUCCUCACAAUGAAAUUGCAGCACAAAUUUGUAGGCAAGCUGGUCUCGUCAAACUGCCAGGAAAAUCCGUGUUGGAUGAUCACGAGGACAAUUUUGCUAUUGUUUUCGCUGCUAUGGGUGUCAACAUGGAAACUGCUCGAUUUUUCAAGCAAGAUUUCGAAGAAAACGGAUCGAUGGAGAAUGUAUGUCUGUUCUUGAACUUGGCCAAUGACCCGACAAUCGAGAGAAUCAUCACUCCGCGUCUCGCUUUGACUGCGGCUGAGUUUCUAGCAUACCAGUGUGAAAAGCACGUCUUGGUUAUAUUGACCGACAUGUCUUCAUACGCUGAGGCGUUGCGAGAGGUGUCUGCUGCCCGUGAGGAAGUACCCGGUAGGAGAGGUUUCCCCGGUUACAUGUACACUGAUUUGGCCACUAUUUACGAAAGGGCUGGGAGAGUUGAAGGCAGAAAUGGUUCCAUCACACAGAUUCCUAUCUUAACUAUGCCUAACGAUGAUAUUACUCAUCCUAUUCCCGACUUGACUGGAUAUAUUACUGAAGGGCAAAUUUACGUUGAUAGACAGUUGCAUAACCGUCAGAUCUAUCCACCUAUUAAUGUGCUGCCAUCACUCUCUCGUCUUAUGAAAUCUGCUAUUGGAGAGGGAAUGACCAGAAAAGACCACUCUGAUGUCUCUAACCAAUUGUACGCUUGCUAUGCUAUUGGAAAGGACGUACAAGCCAUGAAAGCUGUAGUUGGUGAAGAGGCGUUGACACCAGAUGAUCUUCUUUAUCUAGAAUUUUUGACUAAAUUUGAAAAGAAUUUCAUUACUCAAGGUACUUAUGAAAACAGAACAGUCUUUGAGUCACUUGAUAUUGGAUGGCAGUUGCUUCGAAUUUUCCCGAAGGAGAUGUUGAAGAGAAUUCCAGCCUCGACGCUUGCAGAGUUUUACCCAAGGGAUUCAAGACAACACGCCCAACAAGGUUCAACAAGCCUACCUACCAAGUGAACACAAGAUGCCUGAAGACGUUGAUAGUUCAGUUUUGUUUUUGGUAUACAUUCCAAUGUGUCGCCUAAAUUUUAUCAAGCAAAUUAUUUUUGCUUGUUUUAAUUUUAGCCGGUUACUCAUUUAAUUAUAAAUAAAAAAAAUGUACAUAAAAUAAAUACAUGUAAUGUACUUAUUGUGUAUCUUGAUGAAAUAUCUGUUGCAUGAUGUGUACUUGUGAAGGUAAAAAAAUGUAGUAAUCACAAUAUCAGUAUUUCUUUUUUAUCUAUCAUGUUUUUAAAAGGUGGUGGAAAAUCCUUUAUUCCUGAUUCAUUGAUUUUUUUUAGGCAUUUAAAAGAAAAUAGAUUGAAAAAUUGUAGCAGCCUGUUGUAAUUUUUUUUGAUUGUUAGAAAUUUAUCAUUAUUGUUAAAUGUAUAAAUAAAUGUUAUAU